AUGUGUAAAUACAGUUUUCGUAUUGUUACAGACGAGCCGGGCUUCAGUGGGCCCAUAGAAAACGUCACGGCGCCUCUAGGCCGGGAGGCAAUAUUAGCGUGCACAGUACACAACCUCUCCACAUACAAGGUUGCGUGGCUCAGGGUUGAUACGCAGACGAUACUAACAAUUCACACGCACGUUAUAUCUCGAAGUAGAAGAGUAGGGGUCACCCACAGCGAUCAGAGGACCUGGUUCCUUCACAUUCGGGAGCUGCGGGAGACAGACAGGGGGUGGUACAUGUGUCAGAUCAAUACUGAUCCGAUGAAGAGUCAGAUUGGAUACCUAGACAUCGUUGUGCCUCCCGAUAUCCUGGACCGAGGUACGAGCGCUGAUCAAACGGUGCGGGAAGGGGCGUCAAUCAGUCUGACAUGUGCGGCCACCGGCUCACCACACCCUCAGAUCACUUGGCGAAGGGAACAUUCCAAGCCCAUUAUUAUUUCUGAUGCGAUGCAAGUUUCAUCACUUGAAGGACCAGUGUUAAAUAUAAGUCGAGUGAAUAGACAACACGCUGGCGCCUAUUUGUGCAUCGCUUCUAACGGAGUCCCGCCGACAGUGAGCAAAAGAAUAAUGCUAACAGUUGAAUUUCCGCCAGUAAUUGUGAUAAGAAAUCAACUGGUGGGCGCGUCGUUGGGUACAGACCUAGUUCUAGAAUGCGAAACAGAGGCCUACCCGAAACCAGUCAGCUACUGGAGUCGAGAUAACGGUGAACUUGUUCCUAUAGGCGGUGGUCUGGAACCGCAAAAGAUUGCUGGCUCGUUCCGGUCCGUAUUGAGGCUACCUAUACGAAGAGUAACGAACUCGGACUACGGAACAUAUAAAUGCGUCUCAAAGAACUCAUUGGGGGACACUGAAGGAACCAUAAAGCUAUAUCCCAUGCAGUCACCAGCGAUGGAAAACAGGAAUGUUAUCCAAAAGCUAAAUAUAGUAGCGGGAAAGACGUCUGAAAGUACCCCAUUUGGCGCACAAGAUUUCAGGCUACAGGACUACAACAGGGGCGAGUUGAGCUGUCUUUGUUACAGUACGAUGUUAUUAUUUGUUUUUAUAAUUAACGUUGUAAUAUUAUAAACAUAAUAUUCAUUGUUUGGAUUUUGAAUAGAAUUGCAAUACUAUU